UACAGCCCUUAUUGCAAAUAUUUCUGGCGAAGACAGCGGUGUUGACGAACAGUUGUCUGGCCUUCCUUGUCGUUCGUUGUUGACUGUCGGCGGCGAAACGGCCGCUGCUUGCGCUCCUUGAUAUUGUGUCCCGGCUGCAUCUGUUUAGGAGUUGUCGUGAGUGAGACUCACUGUUCAAAGCAGCUUGAUAGCGACGAUACGGAUUCAGGCCAAGUAGAAUUUUGGUAGCGAAAAGUUAGUCUUCAUUUUCUUGCUGGCGUCGUUAUCGUUGUUGUUCGUUAUCCUGUCCUAUCCCUAAAACCGCACGAGCAAAGAUGGUGCAUCAGGUCGCGUCUCAUGAAGAGUUCGUGAAGUUGCUUGCUACUCCGGACAAGGUGGUAUUUGUCGAUUUUCACGCGAAGUGGUGUCGGCCAUGUAAAGUCAUCGGUCCGGUGUUCGAGAAAAUCAGUAGCCAGUACCCUGAUUGCCUCUUCCUCAAGGUUGACAUCGAUGAAGUCGAAGAAGCAGCGGAGGAGCAUCUAGUGCAGAUGGUUCCUACUUUCAUGGCGUUCAAGAACGGAAAGAAAAUAGACGGAAUUGUCAGUGCGAAAGAAGAAGAUCUGACAGCGUUUAUCGCCAAGCACAAAGGCUAGUUUAACAAUGAGCAGGCGCCACUGAUCGUUGGACAAACCGACUCAUCUCUAAAUGAAGUUUCCGAUAAGAAAAUAACUUUGGUACUCCAAAUUGCCGUGGGCUACGGGUGUGUAAGGAAAAGGCUCAAAUAAGCAUUGAUCAGUUAAUUUCAGGAGAAACACUCCUAACACAAAACAGUAUAGACUAAACACACAUUCCGACACUUCAACCAUAUCAUUGGAAGAGAAUUUACAAAAGACACUGAAAUUUGGUGGCCAAAUUCUCAUACACCCGCGUAAUAUACAAGUAUGGGGUCGUAAUAGUAGCAAAGCUAAUUAUAAAGAUGUAAUUUAUGAUAGUAUAAAGUGGCAUGAUCUAGGCUAUCAAUGUGAAAUGUGAAUAAAAUCCAGAUAUAACGCGUUAGGGUUUCCGAAAGUGAUUUACUCUUGUGUGUUGCGUACGAUUUCCUAGGUAAAGAUCUAACAGUCGAUAACUGAAGAUCGGGAAUAUAGCAGGAAUAAUUCAUGUAGCGAUGUGCUGUUAAAACCGCAAAUCGAUCAUCCAUUGACAUCAGCAGACACAGGCAGCAUCGACGCUUUCAGUCCUAGCAAAACACAAACCGAAAACGAAACAUGCGUUUGUGUAGUCUGUGCAUAGUGACUGUACUGGUUCAUGCAGGUAGAUAACAAACGUAACGCUGUUAAAGGCGUGGCUUUCAACAGAGCGGUUGUCUUUACCCCUCCAGAGAAGUCCAUUUCUAAUGUUUGCUAAACGAAAUAGUUUGAGAUUGAUUAUGCCUAUGAGGCCUUUGAUGGGGUGUCGUUUAAGCUAAAUAAAUAUACAACGAGGGUUACGUUGAA